CUACCAGACUUGGCGAAUAUCGACCAUUUGCGUACAGACAGUACAGACACACACAGACUCAGCAGCACAAGUUCAACAUGCAUUUAAACUCCGGAGCAGAGAAUAUCACACUGUCUCUGAACUUUAUGGGGAAGAAGUUGCGAAAUCACACAGUGGCACCAGCUACUAAGCAACGAGCAUGGGAGGGAGCUAGUCCAUCCAAGGGGGCUGAAGAGAAAAGAGGAGGUCUCUCCAGACUGGUGAGGACACGGCCACUGAUGGGUGUCCAGAAUGAAUUGCCAGGGAGUAUACAGGAUCUGAAGGAGGAAGUGCAUCAUGAGCCCUGUAAUGUCCAUAAUACACACCUUGACCAGGCGAACAAUGCAGGCAAGAUCCGGGUGUUCUGCCGUAUAAGGCCUCAGACUCGGGCAGAGCUGGCAAGGGGGACCAGCACCAUUGUGUCAUGUCUGGAUGAUUAUUCAGUGAUCCUAGAAACGCCGCGAGGGCCUCGAGAGUUUCAGUUUGACAGGAUCUUUACCACAGCGCACACACAGGAUGACGUGUUCCAGGAGUCCAGCAGGCUAAUUCAGUCAGCAAUAGAUGGCUUCAAUGUAUGCAUCUUUGCAUACGGACAGACCGGCUCGGGAAAAACUUUUACUAUGUUGGGAGAUAAAGAGCAGAAAAACCCUGGAAUCGUCCCUAGGACAUUUACUAGGAUCUUUGAAAUCAUCCAAGAGAAUGAGACGAAAUUUGAGUUCAAGGUCUCGGCUUCUAUGCUGGAGCUGUAUAACGAUAGGCUGCAGGAUCUCUUCGUGAGCCCAGCUGAGGCGCUGUCAAAACGCAUUGAGAUUAAAAAGGACAAAAAGGGGCUCGUAUUUGCCCAAGGAGCGGAGGCAAAGGAAGCAACUAGUGCGGGCGAGCUUUUUGCUCUCUUCGCACUUGCAUCUGCCAACCGCCAUAUUGCAGCUACCAAGAUGAAUAUAGAAAGCUCUCGCUCUCACCUGAUCAUCAGUAUCAUGCUGGAAAGUCGCAACCUGGCGAAUGGCAGCAUGACCUUUGGUAAGCUGAACCUCGUUGACCUGGCAGGAAGCGAGAGAGCAGCGAAGACAGGGGCUAAGGAUGACCAGCUGAAGGAGGCUAACUCCAUUAACAAGUCUCUGAGUGCUCUGGGUGAUGUGAUCUCGGCUCUGGCUAUGGAGCAAGCUCAUGUUCCCUACCGUAAUAACAAGUUAACACAGCUCAUGCAGGACUCACUUGGGGGCAACGCCAAAACCCUCAUGUUCCUCAAUAUCUCGCCUUCUGGCUGCAACCUGGAUGAGACUCUUACCUCACUCAUAUAUGCGUCCAGAGUGAAGGCCAUCACCAACCAUGCACAGAGGAAUAUGGAGAGCAAAGAGAUCGCUCAACUCAAAGAGGUGAUUUUGAGACUAAAAUCAGGACAAGCUGUGGAAGAAGAAGAUGUAUGA